AUGCCACCGUUUCUAUCUUUGCCGUUUUUUGUAAAGCCGCCGCUUAGACAGUCCGGUGAGAUCUUCACGCCGGCGUCGGCUUUGUUGAAAAUGGGUUCCGGUGGAACAGUUACAUCCGGAGGCGGUGGCGGGUGGUGCAGGUGGCGGUGUCUUAACAGCAACAAUGGUACUAAAAAUAGUAACAUGAAAAAUGGAAAUAAUAACAAUGGGCCAUGUGUUUUGUCGUCAACUUUUGCGUAUUUUCUGUUAGCUUUUGCGUUUUUGGGGUCUAUUGGGUGCCUGUAUGCGAAGUUCAUGCUCACGGCUAACUGGCUGACGGGGAUCACGACCAUGGGUUGCCUAUCGGACAAUGAGGGUUCAUGGGCUAUCGGCGUUUUCUACGGGGACUCUCCCUUUACUCUCAAACCCAUUGAAGAUAUGAAUAUAUGGAAGGAUGGGGGUGCAGCAUGGCCUGUAGCUAAUCCAGUUGUCACAUGUGCUUCACCUUCCAGCAUAGGGUUCCCCAGCAAUUUUGUAGCUGACCCUUUCCUUUAUGUACAGGGAGAUACCAUUUACAUGUUCUAUGAAACAAAAAAUUCAAUUACCAAGCAAGGAGAUAUUGGAGUUUCCCAUAGUAUUGAUAAGGGAGCAACAUGGCAGCACUUGGGGAUUGCUCUGGAUGAAGACUGGCACCUCUCUUACCCGUACAUCUUUGACUACAAUGGCAAUAUAUAUAUGAUGCCCGAAGGCAGUCAGAAAGGGGAACUUCGUCUGUAUCGAGCAGUUAAUUUUCCUAUGCAAUGGACACUCGAUAAGAUAAUUAUGAAAAAACCCAUGGUUGAUUCUUUUAUUAUUCCUCGUGAGGGGAAGUUCUGGCUUUUUGGUUCAGAUCACAGCGGUAUUGGCACCGAAAAGAAUGGACAACUGGAAAUAUGGUAUAGUAGCUCUCCACAUGGUCCUUGGAAACCGCAUAAAAAUAACCCGAUAUAUAACACAGACAAGAGCGUGGGAGCUCGAAAUGGAGGCAGGCCGUUUGUGUAUAAUGGAAUUCUUUAUCGCGUUGGUCAAGACUGUGGCAAGACAUACGGGCGACGAACACGUGUCUUCAAAGUUGAAGCUCUGUCCACUAAUGAGUUCAAAGAAGUUGAAGUUCCCCUGGGUGUCGAGGAGUCGAGCAAGGGACGGAAUGCCUGGAAUGGGGCCCGCAGCCAUCACCUCGAUGUACAGCAGCUCAGUUCUGGUAAGUGGAUUGCGGUUUUGGAUGGAGACCGAGUACCUUCUGGGGAUGCAAAUCGUCGCUUUAUUCUUGGUUCAGCUGCAGUUAUAGCUGUUUUCAUACUUGUCAUACUUGUGGGAAUGCUAGUCGGGGCCGUGAAAUGCAUAGUACCCUUAAGUUGGUGCCCACACAACAUGGGAAAGAGAAGCGAUUCUUUCUUGGCUUGGGAGAGGUCAAAUGUAUUAUCUUCCAACCUGCGUCUUUUUUGCAGUCGACUGAACAGAGCAAGCUCAACACUUCGUGCUAGAAUUCGACCAAACACUUGCAUGGGGACCCUCAUUCUUGUCUUAACAAUUGUGGUGGCCAUUUUCCUAAUGUGCAGCGGAGUUAAAAAUAUAUACGGUGGCAGUGGUGCUCAUGAACCUUACCCAUUGAACGGUCAUUACUCUCAGUUCACUUUAUUAACAAUGACCUAUGAUGCCCGGCUUUGGAAUUUGAAAAUAUACGUAAAGCAUUAUUCGAGAUGUUCUUCCGUGCGUGAGAUUGUAGUGGUAUGGAACAAAGGCCUACCUCCACAAUCAAGUGAUUUCGAUUCAGCGGUGCCCGUGAGGAUAAGAGUAGAGAAACAGAACUCACUGAACAAUCGAUUCAAGAUGGAUCCAUCAAUAAAAACCCGUGCUGUUCUUGAGCUUGAUGAUGAUAUUAUGAUGACCUGUGAUGACGUUGAACGAGGUUUCAGGGUGUGGCGUGAACAUCCUGAUCGGAUUGUUGGAUUUUAUCCUCGACUCGUCAACGGGAACUAUUUGAAGUAUCGAGGUGAAAAACAUGCUCGAAACCACAAUGGAUAUAACAUUAUCUUAACGGGGGCAGCUUUCAUCGACGGUCCUAUGGCUUUUGGAAGAUACUGGAGCGAGAAAGCUGCGGCUGGCAGGGCUUUGGUGGAUAAGUAUUUUAAUUGUGAGGAUGUACUUAUGAACUACUUGUAUGCAAACACAAGCUUCUCUAAGGUUGUCGAGUAUGUGAAACCCACAUGGGCUAUUGAUACGUCGAAAAUUUCUGGUGUUGCAAUUAGCCGGAACACACAGGCUCAUUACGGGGUUGUCAGAGCCAAGAAGAAAGACACAGGAACUGUCUAUGCCAUGAAGAUUAUGGAUAAGAAGUUCAUCACUAAGGAAAAUAAAACUGCUUAUGUGAAAUUGGAGCGCAUUGUAUUAGACCAGUUAGAUCAUCCUGGUGUAGUGCGAUUAUUUUUUACGUUUCAAGAUACUUUCUCUCUCUACAUGGCGCUUGAAUCUUGUGAAGGCGGAGAACUUUUUGAUCAAAUAACGAGGAAAGGCCGUUUGUCUGAGGAUGAGGCUCGUUUUUAUGCAGCUGAAGUUGUGGAUGCUCUUGAAUAUAUACAUAGUAUGGGAUUGAUACAUCGAGAUAUUAAGCCGGAGAACCUGCUACUUACUACAGAUGGACAUAUUAAAAUUGCUGACUUUGGUAGUGUAAAGCCUAUGCAAGACAGUCAGAUAACAGUCCUUCCAAAUGCAGCAUCAGAUGAUAAGGCAUGUACCUUUGUGGGGACAGCCGCUUAUGUACCUCCAGAAGUAUUAAAUUCUUCUCCCGCUACUUUCGGGAAUGACCUCUGGGCACUAGGAUGCACACUGUACCAAAUGCUUUCGGGGACUUCUCCCUUUAAAGAUGCUAGCGAAUGGCUUAUUUUUCAAAGAAUUAUUGCUAGAGAUAUCAGAUUUCCAAAUUACUUUUCAGCCGAAGCACGAGAUCUCAUUGAUCAUUUAUUGGACAUGGAUCCCAGCAGGCGACCAGGUGCAGGACCUGAUGGUUCACUCAAAAACCACCCUUUCUUCAGGGGCAUUAAUUGGAAGAAUUUGAGGGAGCAACCCCCACCAAAACUUGCAAUGGAGCCUAAAUCCCAGUCUAAUGUGGGUAAGGGCCAAGAUUCAUUGUGGAAUCCUGCACAUAUUGGAGAUGGUUCAGCAAAAACAACCGAUGGAAAUGGUGGCGCAACAUCAACCUCCGAAACUGUUAGCAUAACUAGGCUUGCUUCAAUUGAUUCAUUUGAUUCGAAAUGGCAACAAUUCCUGGAACCCGGUGAAUCCCUCCUUAUGAUCUCCAUGGUCAAGAAACUAGAGAAACUAACAAACAAGAAAGUACAACUUAUCCUGACCAAUAAACCGAAGUUGAUUUACCUAGACCCCGCAAAACUGGUGGUUAAAGGGAACAUAUUAUGGUCUGACAAUCCGAAUGAAUUGAGCAUUCAAGUCACAAGCCCAUCACAUUUCAAGAUUUGCACUCCAAAAAAAGUCGUGUUGUUCGAGGAUUCAAAACAAAGAGCCUCACAGUGGAAAAAGGCAAUCGAAACCCUUCAAAAUCGGCGAAUACGUGUUUAA